CAGAAGUUCGCUGCUGCUGCCAGCGCUGGGGGUAAACCAAAAAAAGGGGCGUGAAAAGCGCUUAACGGAAGUGCACGGCAAGCAGGUAGCUAAUUGAGGUGACACCUGACACUCUCUCUCUCUGUCUCCGAGCCUCCCCCGAAAGUACUAAAUCGAAAGCUAAUCGCUCUACUUGCACGUACCAAGUCAUAACUUUCCUGCAAGUGAGUCUUUGCCCAGACAUCGACCAGACGUGGUUCGCUGCAGUUGCUCUUCCGCAUGUCGCCGGCGCGUGUGCAAAAAUCAGCCAAGGUUCCCGCGACUCCCAAAGAACCCAGGUUGUGUUCUUCUCCCGAGUGAGUGAUUUGAGAAUUAUGCUAAUCACAGUGCCCGCGAUAAUUAAUGCGCCUUGUGUCAAAUGUUAACAGCAUUUCGCAAUAAGCCAAGCGAGAGACCGAACACCCGCAUAACCCAAAACGUGCUCACAUAACGAAACCAAUCGCCGGAAAGAUCUUAUCACCAACACAAAAAAAUCAAUAAAAAAUGUUGUUUUGGAAGCGUCUCCAGCGAUCGAGAAGCAGCUCUUCAAGCAGUGCUAUUCAGGAGAGACGUUUUUUUGGCAUCCUCCGUUCGGCCAAGAGGAAGGAAGUUACCUCGGCGUCACCCACAUAUCGCCAUAAUGGUGGCGAUGCCGUUGGGAGCGUUAUCAACGAUGUUCCAGCCACGGAAGGCAGCCUGCCCCUGAGCACUAUAGAGCUGCAGGCCCGCGAGAACGACUACGUGUUGGAGGAAUCCGCCUUGAGAGUGCCCAUCUCAAUUCAGUUGCCGCCGCCGCCGCCGAUUAAUUACUGUGCUCUGCCGCUGACACCGCCGCCCAGCUAUACGGAGAGACCCAGACCAGCAGGACCAGGAUCGCGGGAUGCCCUGCAUCCUGUCAUACCACUGAGAUCGGCAGCUGAAGUCACAGGAGCAAGUGAAGCAGCAGCAGCUGCAGCAGCAGCAGCACGUCAGCAGGCGCGUCGCCGAAGAAGACUCAGGGAACUGCAGCAGCAGCAGCUUCGGUUUGCUUCCAGCACUGACAGCAGCUCCAGCAGCUCUGAAUUCAGCUGCUCCGAGCUAGGAGGCAGUGCCAACAGACGCCAGCGUCGCCGCAGGCGUGGACUGAGGGAUGCCUAUUGUCCGGACCUGUUGCACGCCUGCGCCCUGAUCCUUCAGCAACCCGGUAGCAGCGACAGUUCCGUGGGCAACUUCACGGCCACGCCACCACCUCCAGCCGAUCCAGCUCCCACUCCCGCUCCCAAUCCCGAGCAGGAGAGCUUCGAUUACAGCUCGGACUAUGUGGAGAUCGAUGAUCUGCUGCCACUAGUGGCCGGCGGGCGAGCCAAGAGCACUCCGCAGCUGGCGAUGGGUCAGAACCUGAGCCUGCGACGGCCGCGCAUCUCACUGACCUGGGUGCUCCGGGAGCAGCAGCAGCAGCAGACACCCCAGACGCAGGCGGCACCCCCAACGCCACAGAAGGAGUCGGUGGCGCAUCAUGAGGAUGAGACGGCGCAGGAGCCCAAGGAGAAUGAGGUGCUGGUGGUCAGGACAGAGCCUGUGCCCACGCAGCUGGAUGUCACCAAGAAGCGGUACAGGGUUAAGCAGCUACCGAGCGGCGGAGAGCCGCUCAACGGGUAUGCCACCACGCCCACUGCCCAUCAGGCGCCGCCCAACGGGCACCUGGGCAACCAUCAGAAGUUCUUCAGCAACCAGAACCUGCUGGACGUGUCCAGAAGCAAUCAGAACGGCGGACCAGUGGCCGCCGCCUCCACCAAAGAGCUGCUCUUCGUGUGCACACCACAACGGGCGCCCAGGAGCGAUGGUCACAGCGAGGCCUUGCUCUUGGCCAGGAAAAGGAAUGAGAUACGCAAAAAACUGGCCACCAGACUGCAGCAGGCGAGAUCCAGUGGAUCGCAAGCGGGCGAGGCCAGGGGUUCGGUCACUGGGGCGGAGUCACUGAAGUGCACCUCCUACUCGGAGCCCAGUUUGGUGGCGGCUUCGGAGGGUGGAGGAGGAGGAGGAGGUGCCGGCGGAGGCUCCUCUGCUCCCCAGCAGCAGCAGCGUCGUCAUCGCCACCGCAAGCGGAGGGAUCGCAAUCGAGUGCAGCGCUUCGGCUACGAAAUCCACAACGUGGAUGAGUUUCUUUCGCGCUGCUCGCUGGCCACGCCGGGCAACAUACCCGUGGUCCUGGCCACGGCCAGCACUCUCUACCAAACCCGGCCUGGCGGCUACCAGCUAGAGAUCCCCCUGCCCCUAGGCAUGGUGGUGAAUGCGGUGUUCAAGAACCAGAACUGGCUCUAUGUGCAAACACCGCACGCGGAAGAGGGCUAUGUGGGUUAUGCCUGCUGCCUGCCCCUGGGGAUUCUGCCGCAGCAGGCGAGGGCUGGCUCAAGGAGCACUCCCUGCUGGGAGUCCAAUGCAGAUGUCUUUCCCCGGCCAUGUGGCAACAUGACCGACUCGGAGAAGGAGAUCCGACUGAGGGGCGGCACUCGUUCCGAUGGAGCACGCACGCCACGCAGUGCCAAGCCUGCGGAGGAGCUACUCAAGAUCAGCAACACCGCCAUCAACAACAAUAACAACAACAAUCACAGUAGCAACAAUAACCAGCUGGCGAAAGGCGGCAGCACGGCAAACUCCUUGUAUGGGGAGCAGCAGGUGGAUAAGCUGUACCUGCGAGCCGCCUCCAAACCCCGUCUCGUGGAGAAGGCCUAUGCCCAGCUGCGAUCCACUCGCCAAGUGGCCUCCGGUUCCGCUUCGGUCAGAAGCGGGGCAUCCCAGGACGAGUAUGUGACCCUGCAGCAAAAGUCAUCGAAGAAGUUGCCCAAUCCCACCCUUCAGACCCACCUACACCAGUCACAACCCGCCCGUAGGCUCUCCAAUGUGUCCUACAUUACCAACGGCCAAAAUGGCCAGCAUUUGCAUCCAAAAUUCGUGCCGCUGCCGCCGCCCUACGAGCACAAACCAGCCAAGAACCAGGCGGAGGCGGAAGCCAGCCUGAAGGCGCUGCGCCGCCAGCAGGAGGUGGGCCAGCGGCAAACUCUAGUCGCCAUCAAUACGGACUACAUCACGGAGAGCAUUGCGGUGCACAAGGGCGAGAUUGUGACGCUGUGCGAGUGCCGCGAGUCCAAGGAUCAGCGUCAGUGGUUCUACAUAAGGACGCGGGAUGGACGCGAGGGCUUCAUACCAGCCGAGGUGGCCGGGCAUGGCUACCUGUAGGUAGGAAUGGGAGUUAUCACUGAGAUUUAUCUUGGGAUUAUCAUCCUUUCCUCCCUCUGGAUUCCCCUUAAACCGAUCACCACCACCAGUCAAGCUCUACAUUUAAAUCAAUUAGCAUUAUAUCCAUCAACAUUAAGCACCUUCAUUCGCUCUUAAUUAGUACGCUUCUAGUUGUAAACUGUACUCGUAACUCGUAAAUCCUAACUCGUAACUAUUAUCGGUGUCCGUAAUUGAAUACUUGUGUAAUUUGUGUAUGUGUGAGCGUGUGGAUCCUCCGCCAGGAUCUUGUAUUUAUCAUCUAGCCUAGCAUUACCGAGUAGUCUCUAUGUAAUAGAACACUUGCUAAACGGAAAU